AUGAAUAAUUGGUUGAAUUUGUCGGAAGAGGAUAAGAGAGAAAUUAUGAAAUUGGACUUGAGAAGUGGUGGACAGAGUCAUCAGAAGACUCAACUGGAAGCUUACUUCGAGUUGAACCAGAAUCCAACACUAGAAGAGGAAGAAGAAAUUGCCUUGAGACGUCAACUGGAUCAUUCCAAAACCGCCACGUACUUUGAGAAUGCAAGGAAACGAUUUUUGAAGUAA